AUGCAUCGGGAACGAUGCCAUUCUCGCAAGAACAAUGUCCCCGUCGAUUUUGGGCAUUAUACUACUACUGCUUUGGGAAAAUUGCAGGGUGGGUGUGGCCAGGGAAGGCACCACAGCGAUUUCGGUAUUCAAAGUGAGUCCUUCGGUGCGACCGAUAACGAACUCGUGGAGAACUACUUCCGUGGAGCGAGGAGGACAGUACUUAUAAGGGAGUAG